GACUUUGACUAGACCGAAAACACCUUUUUCAAUUGAAUAAUUCAGCAUCUGUUUACAUUCAUCAUUUGUUCAUUAUGUUUUGAAUUUAAUUUUUGAUAAAAAAUCUGGUACAAACAUCAUUUAAAAUAUUGUGUUUAACAAAAACUGUUCUCUUGUGUGUGGCAACAUCCAAAUCAACCAACGACAAAUCCAUUGGAUGAUUUUUUGAGACAAAAAUAUUAUAGUGUUGUUGUGGUGAAUAUCCCUUCCUGCUGCAAAAAUGACGACCGAUAUUUCCGUUCGUUAUGAUCCCAUCACUCAGACAGAAAUUACCGACGAAUAUGAUGGCGGUAACAGUUCAUCCAGACUGUUUGAACGUGCUCGUAUCAAAGCUUUGGCAGAGGAACGUGAAUUGGUACAGAAAAAAACAUUCACCAAAUGGGUCAAUUCACAUCUAGCACGUGCCAACAUCAGAAUCAACGACCUUUACACGGAUCUAAGAGAUGGAAAGAAUCUCAUCAAAUUAUUGGAAAUAUUAUCCGGCGAACGUUUGCCGCGGCCAACCAAAGGCAAAAUGCGUAUCCAUUGCUUGGAAAAUGUUGAUAAAGCAUUACAGUUCUUGUUGAAAGAACAACGUGUUCAUUUUGAGAAUCUCGGCUCUCACGAUAUUGUUGACGGUAAUCCUCGAUUAACAUUGGGUCUGAUUUGGACCAUAAUAUUACGAUUUCAAAUUCAAGAUAUCACUAUUGAGGAAAUUGAUAAUCAAGAAACUAAAUCAGCUAAAGAUGCUCUGCUGUUAUGGUGUCAAAUGAAAACGGCCGGCUACCACAGUGUUAAUGUUCGCAAUUUCACCACAUCCUGGAAAGAUGGUCUUGCAUUCAAUGCCCUCAUUCACAAACAUCGUCCUGAUUUGAUCAAUUAUGAAAAACUAUCCAAAGCCAAUCCGGUUCAAAAUCUCAACAAUGCAUUCAAUGUGGCCGAAGAUAAACUUGGUCUAGUUAAAUUAUUGGACGCAGAGGAUGUUUACACGGAUAAUCCGGAUGAAAAAUCCAUCAUUACCUAUGUGGUGACUUAUUACCAUUAUUUCUCCAAAUGGAAAGCCGACACCGUACAAGGACGAAGAAUUGGCAAAGUUAUCGGCCAAACUAUGGAAACGGAAAAAAUGAUCAACGAAUACGAACGCCUAACAAGUGAAUUAGUUAAAUGGAUUGAAAUGAAAAUCGAAACAUUAUCCGACAGACAAUUUGCCAAUUCAUUGACCGGCGUGCAAAAUGAUUUGCAACAAUUCAAUACUUAUCGUACGAUCGAAAAACCACCUAAAUUCGAUGAAAAAGGCAAUCUAGAGAUACUGUUAUUCACACUACAAAGUCAAAUGCGUGCUAAUAAUCAAAAACCGUAUACGCCACGUGAAGGCAAAAUGAUAUCCGAUAUCAAUAAGGCAUGGGAGCUAUUGGAAAAGGCUGAACAUGAACGUGAACUUGCUUUGCGUGAAGAACUGAUUCGACAAGAAAAAUUAGAGCAAUUAGCUGCUAGAUUCGAUCGUAAAGCCGGUAUGCGUGAAACAUGGUUGAACGAAAAUCAACGUCUCGUUCUGCAUGAAAACUUCGGCAAUGAUUUAUCGGUUGUGGAAGCUGCAGCUAAAAAACAUGAGGCUAUCGAAACCGAUAUAUCUGCCUACCAGGAACGUGUUCAAGCUGUCGUUCAGGUUGCAAUGGAAUUGGAAUCGGAAAAUUAUUAUGCCAUCAAUCGUAUCAAUACACGCAAAGAUAAUGUUCUACGUUUAUGGACAUAUCUGCAGGAAUUACUCAAAAAUCGUCGUACACGUCUGGAAAUGUGUUUGAAUUUGCAGAAAUCAUUGCAAGAAGUCAAUUAUAUCCAGGAUUCUAUCAACGAAAUUAAAGGCCGCUUGCUCACCGAUGAUUACGGUAAACACUUGAUGUCGGUCGAAGAUUUGAUACAGAAACAUACUUUGAUAGAAGCCGAUAUCAAUGUGCUCAGUGAACGUGUUAAUAGUGUUGCACAGAACCUUAAACAGAUUCGCGAUCAAGAAGGACCCGAUGGAUUCAAACCAUGCGAUCCACAAUUGAUCGAUGAUCGCUUGGGAGAAUUAGAGGCAGCAUUCACUGAACUAUAUCAUCUGGCCGACACCAGACGACGUAAAUUGGAAGAAUCGAAAAAACUAUGCCAAUAUUACUGGGAUAUGGCUGAAGAGGAGGCCUGGAUCAAGGAAAAAGAACAGAUUCUGUCGUCCAAUGAAAUCGGCCAUGAUGUCACUACCAAUCAAAUGUUGAUCAGUAAAAAUCGUGCGCUUGAUGACGAGAUUGCUGCCCAUUAUCAACAACUUCAAAAUGCUGUCAAUGCAUGGUAUGAUUUUGCCAAAAGUGGUCAUUAUGGUGCCGACGAUAUCAAACAGCGCACGGAUGAACUUCUAGCAUCAUGGGAUAAUCUCAAAGAAUUGCAAGCUUUACGUAAUAUUGCCCUGCGUGAUGGUAAUGAUUAUCAUCAAUUCUUCACCGAUGCCGAUGAUGUCGAAGCGUGGAUGUUGGACUUUUCACGUUUGGUUUCGAGCAAAGAUGUUGGCAUCGAUGAAGCCAGUGGCCAAUCAUUGUUGAAAAAGCAUAACGAUUGUUGUGAAGAAUUGAAAAAUUAUUAUGCCACCAUCAUGGCGUUGAAACAGCAAGCAGAUAAUUUGGGAGACAAUUACCGUAAUCGUCCCGAGAUUAGAAAUCGUAUCGAUAAAAUAGACCAGAUGUACAAUGAUUUGAAUGAUGCUGCCGAACGACGACGACAAAUGUUGACCGAUGCUAUCGAUAUGUAUCGAUUGAUGAGCGAAUCGGACGGUGUUGAACAAUGGAUCGUCGAAAAGGAGAAAAUGCUCGAUUCUAUGGUGCCCAGUCGUGAUAUGGAAGAUAUCGAAGUGAUGAAGCAUCGUUUCGAUACUUUCGAACAAGAAAUGAAAGCCAAUGACCCGCGUAUCGAUUAUGUUAAUCGAUUGGCCGACCAAUUGUAUCAGGCCGGACAUCCCAAUUCCCGGGAUAUUGUUGACCGCAAUAAUCGUUUGGCCAACAGGUGGAAACAACUUAAAAACAAUGCAAACCGUAAAAAAGAUGAUAUCGAUGCAUCACACGGGGUACAAACCUUCCAUAUUGAAUGUCGAGAAACCAUUUCGUGGAUUGAGGAAAAAACCAAAUUACUUCAAUCGACCGAAGAACUUGGCAACGAUUUGGCUGGCAUCAUGACAUUACAACGACGAUUGAGUGGAAUGGAACGUGACCUGGCAGCUAUAUGUUCACAAAUCGAUAAUCUUGAAAAUGAAGCACAAAAGAUUGAAGACCAACAUCCAGAAGAAGCGGAAGAAAUUCGCGAACGUAUCACACAGAUUUCGGCCGUAUUCGAGCAGCUUAAUCAAUUGAUCAAACAACGUGAUGCUAAAUUGGAAGAAGCCGGUGAUCUACACCGUUUCCUACGCGAUCUGGACCAUUUCCAAACAUGGCUCAAAAACACACAAACCGCUGUGGCAUCCGAAGAUACGCCCAAUAAUCUUAUCGAAGCGGAAAAACUUCUCAAUCAACAUCAACAGAUCAAAGAAGAAAUCGAUAAUUAUGCACCGGAAUUCAAAAACAUCAUGGAUUAUGGCGAUAAACUAACACAAGGACAAACUGAUCACCAACACAUGUUCCUACGCGAACGUCUCAAAGCAUUACGGGAUGGUUGGGACGAAUUGCAUAAAAUGUGGGAUAAUCGACAGAAAUUGUUGUCGGAAAGUUUGAAUUCGCAGCUAUUCCUACGAGAUUCAAAACAGGUGGAAGUUUUAUUGAAUCAACAGGAACAUUAUCUGGGUAAAGAUGAAACACCAGCAAACCUUGAGCAGGCAGAAGAAAUGCUAAAACGACAUGAAGCAUUCAUGAAUACACUGGAUGCUAAUGAAGAACGUGUUCGUAAUGUACUGUUGUUCGCUAAACGUUUGACCGAUGAAAAUCAUUUUGAUUCGGACAAAAUUCAGAAGAAAGCUGAUAAUAUUCAACAAAGAUUCGUCAAUAAUCGGGACAAAUCUAAACAAUUGUGGCAAAAACUGCAGGAUAUGUAUAAAUUACAACAAUUCCUGCAGAAUUGUGAUGAACUCAAUGAAUGGAUUCAGGAAAAAUAUAUUAUUGCACAGGAUGAAACUUAUCGAAGUGCUAAAACUAUCCACAGUAAAUGGACUAGACAUCAGGCGUUUGAAGCAGAAAUCGCUGCCAAUAAAGAUCGACUAUAUCAGAUACAGAAACAAGCACAGGAUCUGUUGGGUGAUAAGCCUGAAAUGAAGAAGAUGAUCGACGAUAAACUGAAUGAUUUGGAUCAACAAUUCGAUACAUUGGAAACAACUACCAACGAUAAAGGACAAAAAUUAUUCGAUGCGAAACGUCCAGUUCUCUAUGAACAAACUUGUGAUGAUAUUGACUCAUGGCUGACCGAUAUCGAAAACCAAGUGCUAACCGCUGAAACUGGUCAAGAUUUAACCAGUGUUAAUCUCAGUCUGCAGAAACAACAAAUGAUUGAAAAUCAAUUGGCACUCAAAGCCAAACAAGUCAAUGAAUUGGAAUCACAAGUUAUGGCACUGAAAAAGAUUGAUCCAGCCAAAACCGAUGAAUUGAAAGCGAAAAAAUCCUACGUGGAAGAUAAAUUUAACCGUCUGCAACAACCAUUGCACGAACGUAAACAACAACUGUUGAAAAAGAAAGAAGCCUAUCAAUUCCGUCGUGAUGUUGAGGAUGAAAAAAUGUGGAUUCAGGAAAAAUUGCCACUGGCACGCAGUACCGACUAUGGCAAUAGUCUAUUCAGUGUGCAGAUGUUGAUCAAAAAGAAUCAGUCAUUACGCACCGAAAUCGAUAACCACGAACCAAGAAUAUUCAACAUUAUCGAUAAUGGUCGCAAAUUGAUCGGCGAAGGACAUGAAGAUUCGCCCGAAUUCGCUCGGUUAAUUGAUGAGCUGAAUAAACUGUGGGAGGAACUGAAAAAUUCAAUGGAUGUUCGUAAGAAUAAAUUGUUGGAGUCGGAAAAAGCGCAGCAAUUCUAUUUCGAUGCUAACGAAGCUGAGUCUUGGAUGAGUGAACAAGAACUGUAUAUGAUGGUGGAAGAUCGUGGCAAAGAUGAAUUUACUACGCAAAACCUGAUUAAAAAACAUGAAUCACUGGAAAAUGCUGUCGAUGAUUAUGCUGCCACCAUCAAACAACUUGGUGAAACAGCAAUGACAUUGACGAAAGCCGGACACCCAGAAAGUGAUCAAAUCGCCAUUCGACAAUCGCAAGUUGAAAAAUUAUAUGCCGGUCUCAAAGACCUAGCGCAAGAACGACGAUCCAAACUUGAAGAAUCACUGCGAUUCUGUGGACUGAAACGAGAAUUCGAUGAUCUUCUGCAAUGGAUCAACGAAAAAGAAGUGGUGGCCGGUUCACAUGAAUUGGGACAGGAUUUCGACCAGGUUACUAUGCUCCGGGAACGAUUCAAUCAAUUUGCCAGAGAAACGGAAAAUGUCGGCAACGAACGUAUCGCCGAAGCAAAUGAAAAUGCCGAUAAUCUCAUCAAUUCGGGUCAUGUCGAUGGUGCUGUCAUUGCCGAACUCAAAGAUAAUCUUAAUGAUUCCUAUGCUGAGCUAUUAGAACUGAUGGAAACACGCAAACAAAUGUUGCUCAGUUCGUGGGAGUUGCAUAAAUUCUUUCAUGACUGUAAAGACAUUCUGGGCAGAAUUUCUGAAAAAUCCAAUUCAAUGUCCGAUGAAUUGGGUCGUGAUGCUGUUUCGGUGUCGAAUCUAUUACGAAAACAUCAGAACUUUGAACAUGAUCUUCAAACACUCAAAUCGGCUGUUCAUCAGAUAACGGAUGAAUCGAAAAAACUGCAAGUUCUGUACGCUGGGGAUCGUGCUAAUGAAAUCAUUUCACGCGAGCAAGAAGUGGUCAAUGCUUGGAAUCAAAUGCUUACCGAUUGUGAUCUGAGACGACGUAAAUUGGAAGAUACCGGAGAUUUAUUCAAAUUCUUCAAUAUGGUUCGCGAUCUCAUUCUUUGGAUGGACGACAUUGUCAGACAAAUGAAUUCGAGUGACAAACCACGCGAUGUCUCCGGUGUGGAAUUGUUGAUGAACAACCAUCAAAGUUUGAAAUCGGAAAUCGAUGCACGCAAUGAUAAUUUCACCAAUUGCUUCAAUUUGGGCAACGAAUUGUUGAGCAGAAACCACUAUGCAUCGAAAGAAAUAAGCGAAAAAUUGACAACACUCCAGAACCAACGAUCUGCAUUGAAGAAUCGUUGGGAAGAACGGUGGGAUCAUUUACAAUUGAUAUUGGAGGUUUAUCAAUUCGCCAGAGAUGCAGCUGUAGCGGAAGCAUGGCUCAUCGCUCAAGAACCUUAUCUCUUAAGUCAAGAAUUGGGCCACACGAUCGAUGAAGUGGAACAAUUGAUCAAGAAACAUGAAGCAUUCGAAAAAUCGGCAUCCGCACAAGAAGAGCGUUUUGUUGCUUUGGAACGAUUGACAACGUUUGAAUUGCGAGAAUAUCAAAAACAAGAAGAAAAAGAACGUAAAAUGAAAGAUAAACCGAUCGAAACAUCAGCCACUGCCAAACAACAGCCAGUGGCAGAAAUGACCGACACUGGCGCUGCUAAAAAACCUGAAUCACCCAAAGCUGCCCGUGAAGAUGGCGGCCGUGAUGAAAAAUCAGAAGAACGUUUGCAUGAAUCCCGCAUUGAUGAUAAAGAUGUUGUUGAACAGGAGGAAAAAGUUGCACAACCUGGUACACCAAAAAUGAAAAAAGGUUCCAAAACUUCUUUUGGAUCUUUGCGUCGUAAAAUAUCUAGUGCUUCCUCUAGUAAACAAAGUCAUUCCGAAGAUAAUGCUGAUUCGGAUGAUAUCAUCAUGGAAGGCGUUUUGAACCGUAAACAUGAAUGGGAAAGCACCACAAAACGAGCAUCCAACAGAUCUUGGGACAAAAUCUAUGUUGUGAUGAAGAAAGGUCAACUUUUAUUCUACAAGGAUCAAAAACAUUCGAAAAGUGAGCCGGAAAAAUACUACAAAGGUGAACCAGCUAUUCAAUUGGACGAUGUUCAGGUGGAAAUAGCAUCGAAUUAUACGAAAAAGAAAUAUGUUUUCCGUUUGAAAUUAUCGAAUGGUGCUGAAUAUCUAUUCCAGGCUAAAGACGAUGGCGAAAUGGAAUGUUGGUUGAACACCAUCAAUUCGACCAUUCGAAGUCAACAGGCUCCAUCACCAGGGCCAUCCCGAUCACAAACCAUGCCCGCUAAAGGUGCCGUCGAUCCAUCCAAAACGAAAGAAGCCGAAUCGCGUAAAUCCGGUGCCGGCGGUAGCGGUAUUUUCACAUUGAAGAAGAAAUAAUUUGCAUCUCCUGCCUCCCUCACCAUUUGCACAUUCGAGCAACUACUAUUUUUCUAAUUAAUCAGAUCGAAUUAUUGAUUGAUGUUUUAGUCAACAACACACUUACUAUAGACUUUUGUUCAAUUUCGGUAGCUAAUAUUCUUUGUAUCGACACUACUGGCAAUGUUUUUUUGACGUUUUAAAUGAUUAAUCCAUUUA